AUGCUUCCAGUACCAACAACCACAAUGCUUCCAGUACCAAAAGUUUCAGGGGAGUAUAGUAAAAAUGAAGAAGAUCCAAUAACAUACCAACCAUCAGUUGCAUUACCAAUAAUCGAAAAUAUUUCCAAUUCCAACUAUUAA